CCUUUCCGUUUCAUUCUAUUUAUAGCAAAUACAGUGGGUUUUGGAUAAGGGUUUUUGUUGAAAUCAGCAAACAAAUCGCCAUUGACCAUUUUUUUUUCCUGAUGAAUUUUUGUAAAUUUCUAUUGAGUUGUUGCUAUUAAACAGAUUGAAAGAUUCAAUCUUGGCUUGGUUCUUCUUGUAAAUUAUUGAGAUUUAAGAUGCGAUUGUUAAGAGGAUUGACAUUGAUCCUUAUAUAGAACUUCUUGUUUGUUUUACUGUUUGCAUUCAAGCUGUUUGGUCCUGGUCUAAUUCAGUUUCUAAGUUGAAUCUUCCUUAAAUCUAAUUGUGCAACUGGAAUUGGUUUUCGUAUUCAGGUUUUUUCGUUAGCUAAAUGGAAUUGGCCCGUAUUGAUGCUAUGGUUAGCUAUCAUGAGGUUCAAAUCUGAGUGCACAGGAGGGAGCACGUCCAGUCUUCAGUUGGAAAAAUGGCAAUGGCUUCUCCUGUCAAAGUGGUUCUUGGCUCGAUUGCUUUUGCAGUCUUUUGGGUGUUGGCUGUGUUUCCGGCUGUCCCUUGCUUGCCAAUCGGUAGGACUGCAGGGUCCCUCCUAGGGGCAAUGCUUAUGGUUGUUUUCCGAGUCUUACCUCCUGAUCAAGCAUACGCUGCGAUUGAUCUCCCAAUCAUUGGUCUUCUGUUCGGGACAAUGGUUGUGAGUAUCUAUCUCGAAAGAGCAGAUAUGUUCAAGUAUUUGGGCAAGUUGCUCAUGUGGAAAACUCAAGGGGCAAAGGACUUGCUCUGUCGAAUCUGUUUGAUUUCUGCAGUUUCGAGCGCUCUCUUCACCAAUGACACCGCUUGCGUGGUUUUGACCGAGUUUGUUUUGAAAGUUGCAAGACAACAUAAACUCCCGCCUCAUCCUUUCCUACUCGCCCUUGCCUCGAGUGCAAACAUUGGGUCUGCAGCAACCCCGAUUGGCAAUCCUCAAAACCUUGUUAUAGCUGUUCAGAGCAAGAUAUCUUUUGGGACAUUUGUGAUUGGAAUUCUCCCUGCAAUGCUUGUGGGAGUUUGUGUGAAUGCUUUGAUUCUUCUAUGUAUGUUCUGGAGAUUGUUGUCCGUCCAGAAGGAUGAGGAAGAUCCAGCUCUGGAACCUGUUCCAGAGGAGGAUGUAAGUUCUCAUCGGUUUUCGCCAGCUACAUUGUCACAUAGUGCAUCCUUAAACUCUCAAGAACUGAACUCUAGAUUGGAAAUCCCGACUCUGCAAAGUUCUCCGAAUCUUGAUGUGAGCAUAGGUAAUGUCGAGACUCUUAGAAAUCGCUUACCUUCUAGCGAGAAUGAAGUAAACAAGGUUCCUAGUGGCGCGAUAGAGUCAGCAAGAAUUUCAAGCGCAUCAAAAGAGGAGACAAAUGAUUUGUCUUCUCAUAAAAGGGACGAAACAAUCCCAUCAAAAAGGUCUCCAUCGAACGAUAGACAAACAGAUGCAAUUCCUACGGAGUCGUUGAAAGGGAAGGAACAUCUGACGACAAGAUGGAAAAGGAUAUUGUGGAAAUCUGGUGUUUACCUUAUUACUAUAGGAAUGCUGAUUGCACUGCUUAUGGGCCUCAAUAUGUCGUGGUGUGCGAUUACUGCUGCACUUGCUCUGGUUGUUCUUGACUUCACGGAUGCCCGUCCAAGCCUAGAAAAGGUUUCCUAUUCGCUCUUGAUUUUCUUCUGCGGAAUGUUUAUAACCGUCAAUGGAUUCAACAAGACCGGCAUUCCAAGCGAUCUUUGGGACUUCAUGGAGCCGCAUGCGCAAAUUGAUCGUGCUAGCGGGAUAGCAGUUCUUGCAGUCACCAUACUUGUGCUGUCAAAUUUGGCUUCAAAUGUACCAACUGUUUUGUUGCUUGGAGGGCCGGUGGCAGCGUCGGCGGCCCUAAUCUCUGCCGCGGAGGAGAAGAAGGCGUGGCUCCUAUUAGCUUGGGUGAGCACCGUGGCCGGAAACCUGUCGCUUUUGGGAUCAGCAGCCAACUUGAUAGUGUGCGAGCAGGCUCGCCAAUCUCCACAACUUGCCUACACAUUGUCCUUCUGGAGUCAUCUGAAAUUUGGAGUCCCCUCCACACUUAUAGUUACUGCUAUUGGUUUAACACUAAUUAGAUGAAACAUUUGGACAACAAAGAAAGCAAGCAUUUUUGUAUAGUUUUAUUUCUACAUUUGUAUGGAAAAGGUUGCUCCUUUGUGACCGAAA